CUCAUCUGGAGACAAGCAGACGAGCUGUUCGGUUGUCAGAGGCAAAGACGCGAGAAAGCACCGCCAAGAUGGACGGCAAGAGACACCCCAGCUCGUUCCAGCAACUGGAGAAGCUCGGAGAGGGCACAUAUGCCACUGUGUUUAAAGGGAGAAACCGCCAGACGGGAGAGCUGGUUGCUCUUAAGGAGAUUCAUCUCGAUUCCGAGGAGGGAACGCCGUCGACUGCUAUCCGAGAAAUCUCGCUGAUGAAGGAGCUCAAACACGAGAAUAUUGUCGGACUUCACGAUGUUAUUCACACCGAGAACAAGCUCAUGCUUGUGUUUGAAUACAUGGAUGGCGAUCUCAAGAGAUACAUGGACACUCACGGCGAACGCGGCGCGCUCAAGCCCACGACAAUCAAGUCCUUCAUGUACCAGCUUCUCAAGGGCAUCGAUUUCUGUCACCAGAACCGAGUCCUGCAUCGAGAUCUCAAGCCCCAAAACUUGCUCAUCAACAGCAAAGGAUGCCUGAAGCUUGGUGAUUUCGGUCUUGCCCGUGCCUUUGGCAUCCCCGUCAACACCUUCUCCAACGAGGUUGUUACCCUGUGGUAUCGUGCACCGGACGUCUUGCUCGGCAGUCGGACAUACAAUACGAGCAUCGAUAUCUGGUCAGCUGGGUGCAUUAUGGCUGAAAUGUAUACUGGCCGACCCUUGUUCCCCGGAACUACAAACGAAGAUCAGAUUGUCAGGAUAUUCCGCAUCAUGGGCACACCCACCGAGCGUACGUGGCCGGGCAUUACUCAGCUCCCCGAGUACAAGCCCACAUUCCAAAUGUACGCGACUCAAGAUUUGCGAAACAUUCUUCACGCCAUCGACCCCAGCGGAAUCGACCUGAUUCAACGGAUGCUGCAGCUUCGACCAGAGCUCCGCAUAAGUGCUCAUGAUGCUCUGCAGCAUCCUUGGUUCAACGAUCUUGUUUUACAACAACAGCAACAGCAGCAGCAAGCAGCUCUGCAGGCUCAGGCACGGAGUUUCCAGCAGGCGGUCCCUUCACAAGGCUUCGACAACAAUUACUAGGCAUAGCCUGUGACGUAUCCUGCUCGUCAGGAUCCUGCGGGGCUGGCCUUUGGCAGCUGUAACUACAUUGGCCAACCUCGGCCAUUCUUCGAUUGUAUGGGAAAAAAAAAUUGAAAGCCAACUCGUUAUUACUCCUGGCUAGCGAUCAAGACAGCAUAAUUGCAUGCCUAUAUAAAAUAUGAUCUACACAUGUCCAGAUGACGGUGUGGGAAUACUACGGUCAGACUAGAGCUGUCGACAACAAAUCCGGGCUUUGGCGGUGGCUGGAUGAUAUGAUAUUACUGAUACUGAUAGUUUAUCGGCCAUGAAUUUUUAGGGGGCAGGACAAGAUAUCCAUCCUUUUUUAAUAAGAAGCAAAA